CUAAAUCACAGCCACAGUAACAACAGCUCAUUGCUCUUAUGCAGAGUUAAACCCAGACGCACAAUUUCUGUCUUUCUCAUUUAACUUUUCUUCAUUCUGGAUCAUUUGGAGCUUCAGUACAGCGGAUCUUCAUGACCAGAGUUAAGAUGUCAUGGCAGUCGACGUACAGAAGUUCAAAGUUCCGGCAUGUUUAUGGAAAAGCGGGAGGCAGGGAGCAGUGCUACGAGGGAAUCCCUGUCACACACAGUGUCCAUGACAAUCACUUUUGUGCCGUUAACCCCAAAUUCCUCGCCGUCGUCACAGAGAGUGCUGGAGGAGGGGCGUUCCUCAUUAUACCGCUUCAUAAGCCCGGGCGAAUAGGCCCUCAUUACCCGAAGGUCUGUGGCCACCAGGGCAAUGUGAUGGACAUCAAAUGGAGUCCCUUUAUGGACAACAUCAUCGCAUCUAGCUCAGAGGACUGUACGGUGCGAAUCUGGCAGAUUCCUGAUGGCGGUUUGAGGCGGAACAUGACGGAAGCUCUGAUGAUUCUGAUUGGUCACAGCCGGAGGGCGGGGCUUAUUGAGUGGCAUCCCAGUUGCAGCGGAAUUCUUCUCAGUGCUGGAUAUGACUGCAAGAUCGUGAUUUGGAAUCUUGAGGAGGGCGUGGCUGUGAAAAUGAUUGACAGUCAUCCAGAUGUUGUGCUCUGUAUGUCCUUCAACACAGACGGAAGUUUACUGGCCACGAGCUGCAAAGAUAAAAAACUGCGAAUCAUCGAUCCCCGUUCUGGGAAAGUCCUUCAAGAAGCAGACUGUAAAAAUAUCAAAGUGAACCGAGUGGUUUUUCUGGGUAAUCUGAAGCGUGUGCUCACGACAGGUGUAUCGAGAUGGAGCACCAGACAGGUGGCUUUAUGGGAUCAGGAGGACUUGUCUUCACCCAUCACAGAGGAGGAGAUUGAUGGAUUGUCUGGCGUUCUGUUCCCCUUUUAUGAUGCUGACACACACAUGAUUUAUCUGGCUGGAAAGGGUGACGGGAACAUCAGAUAUUAUGAGGUGAGCAGUGAGAAGCCGUACCUGCAGUUCCUGAUGGAGUUCAGAUCUCCUGCACCUCAGAAAGGACUAAGUGUGAUGCCCAAACGUGGUGUUGAUGUGGGCAAGUGUGAGAUCUUCAGAUUCUAUAAGCUGGUGACUCUGAAAAGUCUGGUGGAGCCCGUCUCAAUGAUCGUCCCACGCAGGUCAGAGUCGUAUCAGGAGGAUAUUUUCCCGAUGACAGCGGGCACAGAAUCGGCUCUGUCUGCUUCGGAGUGGCUCAGUGGAGUUAACAGAGGGCCUGUGUUGAUAUCUCUUAAGGAUGCUUAUAAGCGUCCAAAUGCAGCUGAUCUGAGAGCAGUUAAACAGGACAGACGGACAGUGAAGGGUAUCGACUUACUGGCAAACAUUUCACCAAACACAGACAAGGAGCUCCUAAAGAUGGUCUUCAGACAACAGGAAGAGCUGAGAAAACACAAGGAUGAACUGAGAGAAAAAGACAACAAAAUCCAACAACUGGAGCUGCAACUCAAAAACAUGAAAAACACAUGAUGACAAACAAACAAAUAGGGCUGCAAAACCUCAAAGAUCGUUUUUAUAAAGAAUGCACUGAGAAGAUUUUCUUUUAAUCCUUUUAUUGAGAUAUUAUGUAUUUUAUACUGAAUUAAUAAUGUUAUUCGGACUAUUCUAUUUUACAUUACAGCACAGAAGAUGGAUAUAUGUCUGUACUGCUGAAUUUAAGAUACAGAUGUACAUAUGAAGUCUGAUCAGAAAAUACUCUGAAUCUUGAAAAUGUUAAGAAAUGGAUUUGUUUAUUCCUUUUUGGAGAAAGCAUGUGACAUUAUUGAGGUAGUCAGCCAACAGAUGGAGCCAAAUGAGAGAGCUCCUCUAGUCUGAACGUCCAAAGAUUUUAUUUGUCUUAGUAUUUAGUGCUUGCAUGUACAUACUGUAUUAUAGUGUCUGUUUUACCUUAAUUAAAAUGUUUAACAAGAUUAUCGUUAAAUAAUUUUUUUCCAUUUAUUUGUAUUGUUCUCAGACGGCUAAGUGCUUCACAAAUAAAAAUGACUUGACUUGGUUUAAGUUGGGGGGGAAUGACUGUGAAACUGAUAUUUUCCUGUCAACUAUGGCAAGCCGAAUUGACUUUCAUUAAUGUUCAGGAAAUGAGUUAUAGAGAUCUUUAAUACAAUGUUCUUCUUUUCUUCAUUUCUACUGAAAAUGCUCAUUUUUGAUCAGUAAGUAGGUUUGUACUUGUAAAAAAGUUUCAUUUUUGAUGUAAAAAAUGACAUCAUU